AUGCCCAACGGCCUGCCCCGCAUCAUACUAAGCGACAUCUAUCUCCCCAACGCCGAACCUGAUACCUUCCGAACCCUCUUUAAAUGGCUAUACGAGCGCCAACCGCCUGACUACACAACCGACGCGAAAUUGUUAGACCUCAUGAAACUAUGGUACUUCAUUUGUCGUCUAGACACGGUCAGAUGGGUGUAUGAGAACACACGCGCUGGAUCGCCGCUGCGUAACUACAUCACCGCAAUUUUCUGCCAGCGCGGUCCACCCAUCACGCCCUCUAUGUUCUCGCCCGAGAACGAGCAGCUUGGCAAUCCGACGGGAACGGGCGGAUACAACCUCCAUGCGCUGUUUCCUAUCCAUCAUACGUGGUCGCCGGGCGAAGGCGAGCUCGCGCCAGUGCGGGUUCGUGGAUGUUUGGUAACGGGAGGAGAAGAAGUGGAGUGGAUCAAGAUCGAAUAUCCGCUUCCUUCUUUCCUAGUAUGGGGCGCGAAGUGGGAGGUGUUGCCGGACAUGCACUUUGUGAGCCAAGACGGCGUUCGAGCGGCGGCACAAGACUUGUUGAAGCAGAUUGAGUUUCCGGAUAGAUCGGGCGCACAGGAUAUCUAG